AGUGGAUGAAGUGAAGUCCUACGAGAUUGUUUAGAGUUAGUAUAAGUACUUUGUAUAUGUUAAGACUUACCUUACGAUAAGGAAAUUAACUCGAACUUUUGAUUUACUCCAAAAUUAUAUUAGAAAAGGAAGAGGGGUAAACAUACUGCAUAGGGAAUUAAAAUCAAGUUUUUUUUAUCUUUAUAAAAUAAUGCUUGAGUAGCUUUCAAGGAAAGUCCUCUGGUGGUCAUGUUCCAGAUUCGACCAGGCUGAAAAACUACUAGAUCACAGGAAAAAUAGAGAAUUGCCAACUGAUUUCAAAGUAUAAUUUCACAUAUAACACACACUAUAUAUACAAACAAGGGGUGCAUAUGAAAACAUACAAAAUAGAAGAAAUCACUAGAUCCUUACUGAAUAUCAACAUUGACUAAUACUUCAGGGUAUCGUUAACAUGUCUAACCCCACUCUAAACUUUAAGCCUGCCUCUGCAACACAACAGAGAAAUAUGUACUUCAAGUAAAUUUAAAUUGUAAGUUAAGGUUCCAACUAGAAUAUUUUAGCAUCUAAUAGAUCAUUCUAUAUCUAGAGGUUACAAGUUAUAAAAAUAGAAUUUUCAUUAAAAGUUAGCAGAAUGUUCAAGAAAUAAUGAUAACUAAAACACUGUUGUCCUCUUGAAAACACAGGUAGCUGCUAACAGUACCUAGCUAGGUUAAUUUUGUAUAAUGUAAUCCCAUGGUGUAAGCUUAUAAUAAUAGACAAGAAGUUAGGAUAAAAAAUUUACGAAUAAUUAAAUAUACAACUUCUCGUAACAAUCACAAAGCAUAUGCAUAGUCUUUGAAAUAUCAGAUUUCAAUCUUGAUGUGAUAGCUUCGUCACUUGUACAACUUCGCCAAAAAGACCCUAGCUUGAACCCGGAAAUGAUUGCAAAAGCUAUAGUUUCAACUGCUACAAAUGGUGCAUAACAUAUAGGUUUCAAGCCUACUGGUAUGUUUUCUAAUCCAUACUAUUACGGUAUUUGUUCUUUUUGCAUUGUAAUAAUUACACGAGACUUGGUUGUAAUGGCUAAACAAAAAAUAGAGCUAACUAGUGCAUUCUUGAGCUAUUAUUAUGCAUAUGACAACUAUGAAGAGAGAUUGAAACAUCCGCCAGAGAGAGUGCCUGAAGCAAAUUUCAAAACACUUAUAGCUUAUUGGGAGACUAAUGCAGCAAAGAAAACAAGUUGCAGAAUUCAGAAAAUUGCAAAGAGCGAGACAAUGGUUACAUAUAGCAGCCCAGAACCUUGUGGUAUCCCUACAAAGUACGCAGUAGCAAACUUACUAAGUUUGUCAACAAUUGAAAGGUAUACAAGUAUCAAAUGAAAAUUGAGUUUGGGCUUGUAAAUAAAUAUGACCUUUAUUUUCCGUCUUAUGCGAGUCUGCAACAAUUUUGCUGGUUCUACUGGAGUUAUUUGUUCUUGUUCUGAGUCUGCAAUGUGUUUCUAGUUAGCGGAUUUUGAUCUUCUAGUAGUUGUUCAGUUCUGCAAGGGUGGCUAUUCAGUUCCAGUUAGCAGAUUUGGAUAUGCUACUAGUUGUUCAGAUUUUAAUCUGCUGCUUGUUCUUUAGUUAUGUAAGGCUCUGAUCUGCUGCCUGAUGUUCAGUUCCGUAGGGCUCUGAUUCUGAUCUGCUGCUUGUUAUAUUCAGUUCAGUUCCAGUUAGCAGAUUUUUUUGUUCAGGCAGGGGGUUUAGGUUUCUGUCCUUCAUGUGCAGUUGUGCUACUCGUUUGUGUUUCUUCCCAUGCAUCUUUGGUGUGUGGUUUACAAAUUUUGUUUUGCAGAAUUGAUCAUAUUAUUUCAUUUUAAUUACAUGCAUUAAUUUUCCUAUUUU